GUCAACGGUGGCCGUCUGACUGUCAUCGACUUCAACAGGUCCUUGCGAGUCAAGGGUGUCGAACAUAGGUUCCGUAGCGUCGUGGGCACUCCCGAAUAUAUCGCCCCCGAGGUAGCCGCUGGUAAUGGUUUCUACAGUGCGAUCCGUGCGGACUUGUGGUCCUGUGGAAAGACAUUAGAG